CAGGUACAGCAUCUGGGAUCAAAGCUAUAUAUAUACGCACACUGUGUGGGUUCAAACACUUCGAAGAUUCAGUAUCCUGAAAGGUGUCACCCUUUUUUCCAGCCCUAAGAGUUCCAGUUUGUAUCAAGUCUGAAGGAAUCAGCCACCAUCAGCCCCUUCAGCAUCUGUUCCAGCGCAGGAAUGCUCUCAAUAUUGGUCACCGUGGGCUUUCUCUGCACAGCCACUGCCAUUGCCGAAGUGAUGGAAGUGACUCAACCAGCAAUGGUGCUGGCCAACAGGCAAGGAGUCGCCAGCUUGGUGUGUAAAUACAAGCACAUUGGGAAUGCACAGGAAAUUCGAGUGACUCUUCUUAAACAGACGGGCGACCAGUUCACUGAGAUUUGUGCUUCAACCUACACAUCAGAGUUUAAGAUGUUCAGUGUGGAAGAGGUCAUUCAGUGCCAUGUCAGCCCUAGCCGAAACAACGUGACCCUCACCCUCACUGGCCUGCAAGUCAAUGAUACUGGUCUUUACAUCUGCAAGAUGGAGCGGAUGUACCCUCCACCCUACUUUAUGAACAAGGGGAAUGGGACACAUCUCUAUGUCAUGGAUCCAGAACCUUGUCCAGACACUGCCAUAUAUCUCUGGAUAUUAGGAGCUACUGCCUCAGGAUUUUUCCUUUACAGCAUCAUCAUCUCAGCCAUUCUUGUGGGCAAAGCGAUAAAGAGAAGACGAUGUCUUACUGCUGGAGUCUAUGUGAAAAUGCCUUCUGAAAAGCUAGAGAAAAAAGUGAUUCCAUUCCACAUCACUGUUAACUGAAACAGGGAAAGGGAGGAACCAUUUCCUAGCUGGGAUGGAGAGUCUGCUAAUUCACUUAAGUUAAAGAAAUAAAAUUAAGUGUGGGAAGGAGAGAGAAUAUUCUUUGUAACAUCUGUGGUUUGAAGGAGAGUAAAUAGUUUAUGCAUUAAUAUUUCAAGGUUAACCCUGUCAUGUAGAAAUGGCUACAUUAGGCCAUUGAUUCUCUGAGUUGUAUUGUACCAAUAUGUAGUCUCUCUAUGUAUACAUACAUAUAUAUAUAUAUAUAUGUACAGCAUUAAGAGCUAUUGCUGUUGCAGCUUAGCAUCUUAUUGCCAAAUUUCACCAUGCCUACUGAUCAACUGAAAUCCAAACACUAUUAUGACAGAGGCUUGUGUAUCACUGCAAGGCGAAUGCUGUAGGUCUGGGGGGCAGUGGCAGAAGAGCACACUAACAUACAAAGGAAUGUUGACUUGUUUCCCUGCAUUGCUAUUUAUUGGUCCCAUUUCUGGCAUUAGUGCUCUGCGCUUCCACAGAGGCAUCACCAUAAGCUGGUACCGAUAAUGCUGCUGCUCUAAAAAGCUUGACCUCAGCUCCUCUCACUGGCAUUGUGUCCCAGCAGUGCAGUGCUGGAGUUAACAUCAACAAUAUCUGAGCCGGUGCAGACAGCUCGGUUGGAGAGAGGAAAGCUGCCCAGCAGGAGCUCUCUUAGGCUGCUGCUGGGAGGAUGUUCCAGCUCUGCUGGGGCCUUGCAUUUUACAAAUGCUAAAUUAGCAUCUAUCCAAAAGGCAGAAGUAUGUUGCUGUGUUUGACUAUUUUCCAUGAAAAUACCAACAGUGUAUAAUCUUGUUUAUUAGUUACAUACCAUUCAAUAAAAACCUUGUCGC